AUGGCCGACCCCCGCCCUCCUCCCCUCCUCCUCCUCCUCCUCCUCCUCGGAUCCUUAGAGACGGCAUCUUCACUCUUUGAGGUGAAAAACAGCACGGGGACAACAUGUAUCCUGGCUAACUUCUCAGCAGACUUCUCGGUGAACUACAGCACCAAAAAUGGCUCCAAGAGCGAGGCUUCUUUCAAACUUCCGUCGAGCGCAGAAGUAUUAAACAGCAGCUCCUGCGGGCAAGAGAAUGGUUCCAGUGCCGUUCUGGCGAUCGGCUUUGAAGAAGGGCACUCGUUAAUUUUGAAUUUCUCAAAGAACGAAAAGGAGUACAAAGUCCAGCAGCUGAGUUUGGCGCUCAACCUGUCCGACGCAAAUAUCUUCCACGACGCCCAGCCCAACGGAACGAGGCGGGAGGAGUCGGUCACCGACAUCGAAGCAGGCCUGCGCAGGAGGUAUCGGUGCGUGAGCCGCAACCAGAUAAAGAUGGGGAACGCGACGGUCACCUUCAGCGACGUCACCCUCCAGGCCUAUCUUUCAAACAACAGCUUCAGCAAGGAAGAAACACGCUGUCGACAGGACACCCCCUCACCAACGACCAAGCCGACGAGCCCUGCUCCUACUACACCUCCAAGGCCAGAAAGCCCGUCCGUUCACACGUACAACAUUACGGACGCCAAUGGGACCACUUGCUUGCUUGUCAGCAUGGGGUUGCAGCUUAACGUCACCUAUGAAAAGAAAGACUCCAAGGUGGCUGUCGAUGUGUUUAACGUCAACCCCAAUAAGACCUUGGUGAACGGGAGCUGUACCUCCCCAGCAGUCACCCUGGCGCUGCAGUCCGAAAACAACGCUACCCUUCUGACUUUCCGGUUUGGCAUGAAUGAAAAUACUACCAAAUUUUUCCUGCAAGGGAUCCACCUGAAUACGGCUUUGCCUUCUGAUGCUAAAGAAGUGCGGUUUGAUGCUGCGAACAUGUCCCUGAGGGCCCUGCAAGCCACAGUUGGAAACUCCUACAGGUGCAACACCGAGGAAAGGGUUCAAGUGACGAAGAACUGUUCGGUCAACAUAUUCACCGUUCAGGCCCAGGCUUUCAAGGUUGAAGGCGGCAAAUUCGGACCCGCGGAAGAGUGCCAGCUGGACGAGAACAACAUGCUGAUCCCGAUAGCCGUCGGGGCAGCCCUGGCCGGCCUCGUGCUCAUCGUCCUCAUCGCCUAUCUCAUCGGCCGAAAGAGGAGUCACGCCGGCUACCAGACCAUCUGAGGAGGCCGCCGCCGCCGCCACAAGUCUACCGGAGGCCUGCCUGGCUUCCUUUUCUCCGAGCUCAAGUUGACAGCGAAAGGGAGGCUCACACACUCUCUCUCUCUCUCUCCCCACCUUCUUCCCGCCUACUACUUCUCCCCAGUGUGAAAUCCAUCUAGACCCAUUCCCUCUGCCCGGAGGAGUGACUUCCGAAAACGACGUUAACCGUGCUAACUGGUUAAUCUUUUACCAAAAUAGAAAUCUCGAGGGUAAGAGCGCUUUCCUAAAAUUGGCACUGACUCCAUUCUGCUUUCACUUGUUUAAGACUGGUGUUAACCUUUCUCCAUCCUUCACUUCUCGGAUUUAGGCCGCACAAAGGGGGGGAAAAGAAAAUCUUUCCUCCCUAAUUUAACACUUAACUACUUCGGUCCUGGGAGUUUUGUGUUCAAGUAACAGCUGACGCACGUCCUAAAGGUUGGCGCCUUUAGUCAGCUUUAAGCCCCAGAAACCGCCUGGCCUGAGCAAUGCAGUAGUCAAACCUUAUCAGAACUCGUGUAAUUGGGCAAACCCCUUCCCUGGCAAUUUAAACGCUCUGCCAAUCUAAGAGCUGGCACUUUUUAAACUCUAUCUUAAAAUGGGUGUUAUUUUUAUUUACUUUUUUUUUUGUAAAAGUGAGUCGAGUCUUCUGGUUGAAAUUCAGGGUGAUCCUAUUUUCUGCACAUGUGUACAAUGUAGAUCUCACACUGCUGAUUUAUCUGCUUUAAGCUUGGAUGGGGUUGUACACUUUAAGGAUCAGUUUGUAUGUAUGCAUUGCCUGUAACAAUGCUAAUAAAGAUUUUUUUUCUUUGUUAA